AUGGACUCUUCAAAGUGGCUUCCACAUGUCGAUAACCUGGUUGUCCUGCCGUUCGCAGAACCCCGGGUUGAACACUUAGCAUGCAGAUCUAGGAGUAACGUCAGCUUAAAGCGCGCAGGUUUUGGGUUUCCCAGUGUGGAAACGGCAGCGGCAAAGGUUUUCCGGUCUCAUGUUCCUUUGUGGCGUGUCCCUGUGUCCGGUUCACCCGCCUUACUAUCCGCGUGUCGUGGGGCUGGUGGUUUUUCCAUGAGUGGCCCUCGGCUUUUCAGAUGUCUCCUGAUCGGUGGCUACCGCUGGUCUGCUUAUCCCUCAGUAAGUGAUGCCAAUAUUUUGUUGCCCGUCCGUCAUUGCCUGCAAGUUCGCCUCGAUCGCACCUAUUUUGGGCGCCCACUCCGACGGAAAAGCGGCCGACCGGGUAUUGAACUCGGAUCCUCCGGGCGGCAGGCGAACGCGCAACCGACCACACCGACCUGA